AUGGCAGAGUUCGCCCUCGCGACGAGCAUCCUCAGCACCAUCGCCUUUGCGCUGCAGCUGUGGACCGACUCGGCCGAGAUUCGGAAGAGCGGCUCGAGCAUCUCCACGGCCGACUGCACGCGGCAGGCCGAAAGCCUCAAAACCCACUGCGACAGAGUCAAACUGCUGCAGGACUCGGAAGCCGAGCUCGACGAAGCGGCCAGGAUCAGGACCAUCGCGACCGAGAUUCAUGAGUUUGGAGACGAGCUGUCGACGCGGCUCGCCAGGUGCGCGCUGCCGCCGGGCGCGGGCGGCUGGAGGCGGUAUCGCGAUGUCAUUGCCGUGCUCUGGCGCGGGAUGCGCAUGGAUGCCGACGCGCAGAUGAGACGGCUCGUCGCGCUGCGGAAUGAGCUCCAGUCGGAGCUCCUCGUGUCGAUGCUGCGCAAGGUCAGCGUCGAGGACCUGCAGCGCAAGGCGGCCUUUCGGCGCCUCGACGACGAUGUCAAGGCGCUGACGCUGGGUCACCUGCAGGGCCUCGAGGCUGUCCUGACGAAGGUGGAUUCCCUCGCCGUUGCGGAGGAGCAGAGACAUCAGGAGAUCAUGGCUGAGCUUCGCAGGUGGGAUCCGCUCAGCGCCCAUGCCCGUCCCGCUGUGCCUCCUGACCACGACCUCGUCUGGAAGAAGGAUAUGGUCACGGAGCUGAAGAACAGGUUGUGGUACGGCUCGAUCCCGCGGCGCCACGAUGCCAUUGCCACGGCUCAUGAGAAGACGUUUGAAUGGAUCUUCACUGGGCAGAAGAAGACGCACCAGUCCAACACCACGCUCAUGGAGUGGAUGACCGGGGGCACCGGUCCGUACUGGGUCAGCGGGCGUGCCGGCACCGGCAAGAGCUCGCUCAUGCGCUUCCUCAACGAUGAUGAGCGAACCAGAGAGGCGUUUCAGACGUGGGCGGGCGAUCGCCCUCUCGGCCUCGCGUCUUUCUACUUUUGGAAUUCCGAAGCUGCCGGUGACGAUCGCCUGAAGUCGCUGACAGGCCUCUAUCGUGCGAUUUUGUUCACCCUCAUCGAACAGCACCCCAGUCUUGCUGACGUGUUCUUCCCUGAUCACUUGGUCAAGGGGAGACGAUGGGACACGGACUUCCCGACCUUUAUUGACAUGGCGCAGGGGUUCGAGCGAUUCUCGACGGCGAGCGAACUGCCUGUAGCCGUGGGGCUCAUCAUCGAUGGGUUGGAUGAGUAUGAGGCACCGCACAGCAAGCAAGUCGAGGCCGCUGCCAUGCUGCGCCGUUCCAGCGAAUCGCCGAACAUUAAAGUCAUCGUCUCCAGCAGACCAGAAGCUGCCUUUGAGACGGCUUUCAGGGAUUCCACAAAGCUCCGUCUGCACGAACUCACCGAGGAAGAUCGCCGAACCUAUGUACACGACAAGCUCACGGCCGUACCACGACUCCACAGCAUAACGACCAAGGAGCAGCAGCUGGAGCUGAUAGAUCUUGUUGUUGAGAGAUCUGAAGGUAUAUUCCUCUGGGUGAAUCUCACCGUGGCAACCCUGGUAGAGGAGAUUGAGUUGGCCAUGGAUAUCUCGCGGCUGCUGAGGGUGACCAGCGACAUUCCUGGAGGCAACAAGGAGCUUGGCGCCAUCUUUGAUCACAUGUUGCGAAAUCGAAUCCCGGAAAAACACAGGACCCUCGGCCUCCAACUCAUCCAGACCCUGAAGUACGGGUACACUCUGCCUUCGAAACUCAUUCCGUGGGUGGAAGGGGAAAGGGUCAGACACCCCAUCACCGCAAUCUUGUGCUCCUUUUUCGAGGAUGACUUGCAAACGACACUUGAAAUUCCCGUAAAGCCACUGACAGUAGCCCAAGCUGCUUCCAGAACCGAGAUGGCCAUCAACAUGGUCCGACAGUCCUGUGCUGGCUUGCUGGAAUUCAGGGAGUAUGAGAGCGAGGCCUUGAUAGCGGAACAGCCAUCUGUCAAGGCCAUGGAGCUUCAUUAUUUGCACAAAGACGUCUCCAUAUAUCUCGAGACAGCAGAUACGGCCAAAAUCUUUGAAGACUCGCUCUCGGGUACCCAUGGAGACAUCCAGGUGAACCUACUCAAGUGCAUAGUCAGCUUCAUCAGGACCAUCUCUGUGGAGGAUCCAGCAAUCGUCUCUUGGGCAGAAUCCUGGACGCUCAAUUCGGCAUUCUGGCAACUCGUCGAGUACUGCAUGCGGCUGGCUCGGGACACCGAAGAGAGGAACCCUGAACAGACCGAAUCUCUUCUGGAUGCUAUGGAUCAAGCAGUAAACCAACACUGGCAGCCAGACGGGUUCCUCGUCCCUCUGUCACUUGUCGACUCUGCGUACUGGACGAAUCACUUCCCGGUUGACCGCCACUACACUGGAAUGAGAGUCAACGAGGUGGAUGUCCAGAUCUUGACUUUUCUUUCGUUUACCGUCCAACAAGACCUGUUCUUCUACCUGCAGUCCAAGCUGCGACGUCUGGGGCCAGCAGUGCUGCAGGUGCCUGGGAGGCCACUGCUGCACAUUGCCUGCGGCACUGAUCCAACCUGGUGGCUCUUGCGAGGCAGACGCCCGGCCAGGGUAGUGAAACUCCUUCUCGACCACGGAGCUGACCCUCAUGAGGUCUUUGACGGCCAGACGGCCUGGCAGGUUGCGCUCGAUGUGACGCGGCGCUCCGCCACGACUUCCUUCCUCGAGCGCAAAGAGAUCGGAGAGGUUCUUCUCGCACUAGUCUAUGCGGGUGCUGAUAUACACGCCGUCAUCCGCUGGACGGAGAGGCGCAAGAUCAGCAAGCGGAACUGGGUCACGGACGAGUUCUCUCGACCCGCAACCCAGCAGAUCAGGCUCACCUUCAUGGACGGGGAACUCAAGGAGCCAGGUCAAUAUUGUGACAAGUCUAUCGGCGGGACACUGUCCGCAAACGAGGAGCAGAUUUUGAAGGAGCUCGGGAGGAAGAUCCUGGCGACCAUGGCGGAGAAGCAAGCGAGUAAUGGCAUUGGGCGCGGCAUUUUUUAG